CAGAACCCAAAGCCCCGGCCCCACCUGACAGUCCAAACCCCCUCUUGAGUCUUGACCCCAACCCUUCCUCCUCACCUCAUCGCCUCCGCCGCCGCCGUCGCGCUCUAGGUUUCCCGUCGCCGCAGGCAGCCCUCCUCCGCCCGCCGCUAUGCCCACGGUCAGCGUCGGCCGCGACCGCCUCUUCGCCGCCCUCGGCAGGGUCUACACUCAGGAGGAGUUCGAGGCGCUCUGCUUCGAGUUCGGCAUCGAGCUUGACGACGUGACCACGGAGAAGGCCAUCAUUCGGAAGGAGAAGCACCUGGAGGAAGAUGGUGAGGCCGAUGGGGAAGACGAGGUCAUCUACAAGAUCGAGGUUGCCGCCAAUAGAUAUGAUCUGUUAUGUCUUGAAGGAAUAGCAAGGUCACUUCGCAUUUUCAUCGGAGCUGAAGCGACCCCUCUAUUCAAAACUUCCUCAAUCCCUCGUGGUUCGAUGCUUCAGAUGCAUGUUAGACCACAGACUGCACAAAUCAGACCAUACGUGGUUUGUGCUGUCCUAAGAGGAGUAACUUUCGAUGAGGUCAGAUACAACAGCUUCAUUGAUCUUCAAGAUAAACUGCACCAAAAUAUUUGCCGGAAGAGAACUCUUGUUGCUAUCGGUACCCAUGAUUUGGACACUCUAAAGGGACCCUUCUCUUACGAGGCUCUACCACCACAGGAAAUCAAUUUUGUCCCAUUAAAGCAGGAGCAAAAGUUCAGAGCUGAUGCAUUGAUGGAUUUCUACAGAUCAGACAUGAAGUUGAAGAAAUUUUUGCAUAUAAUCGAGAAUUCUCCAGUUUACCCAGUCAUAUAUGAUAGCAACAGAACUGUAUUAUCAUUACCUCCUAUCAUUAAUGGUGCGCAUUCUGCUAUCACCCUGAAGACAAGGAAUGUGUUUAUUGAAUGUACUGCUACAGACCUCACAAAAGCAAAUAUUGUUCUGAAUACAAUGGUUGCAAUGUUCUCGGAAUACUGUGAAAAUAAGUUUGAAGUGGAACCAGUUGAAGUGGUAUCUUCUGAUGGAAGCAAAGCCAUUUACCCUGAUCUUUCAUGUUACAAGUUGGAGGUUUCGCUCUCUGAUAUCGUUGGUCCCAUUGGGAUUUCCCUAGACGAGACACAGGUUAUCUCCCUUUUGAAAAAAAUGCAGUUGCAAGCGGAACUUUGCCCAUCAAACGGGGAGCCUCGUUUUUCGGUGUCUGUCCCUCCUACGAGAAGUGACAUUUUGCAUGCCCGUGAUUUGGCGGAGGAUGUUGCUAUAGCUUAUGGGUACAACAAUGUCCCAAAAUCAAAGCCGAAGUCUAUGACAAUAGGUGGAAGGCAACCACUAAACCGUUUCUCUGAUAAAAUUCGUGCUGAGGUUACAAGAGCUGGCUAUAUGGAGGUGCUCACGUUUGUUUUGACUUCACAUGAAGAAAACUUUGACAUGCUAAACAGGACAGAUGAUGGGAACAAAGCAGUCAUUAUUGCAAACCCCCGUACUUCUGAAUUUGAGGUUGUUAGAACUAGUCUCAUGUCAUGUCUGUUAAAAACACUGAAGCAUAAUAUAGACCAUCCAAGACCCAUAAAGAUUUUUGAAGUUGGUGAUGUAGUGGCAUUGGAUGCAUCUCGUGAUGUUGGUGCCUCUAAUAAUCGCCGGCUUGCAGCUCUGUACUGUAAUAGUAAUUCUGGAUUUGAGGAAAUCAUGGGUUUGGUGGAUAGGACUGUCAAAAUUGUGAGAGCGCCACAUAUUAAUUUUGGCAAGACUUACUACGUUCCCACAAGUGAACCUGAGUUCUUUACGAAAAGGCAAUGCAAAAUUGUUAUGAGCGAUGGGAAACAGGUUGGCUACCUAGGAAUUGUCCAUCCUGAGGUGCUAAGAAAAUUUGGCAUUCCUGACCCCUGCACUUUCGUUGAGAUUGACAUCGAGGCUUUGUUGUAGUGCCAUCUACUGUGAAUCAGGGGCUGCUCCUGUUGGUUUUCUUCAGGUGAUAGUUUGACAUGCGUGGGGUAUCUCAACAGGCCUCUUAUUUGAGUUCUGACACAACAUGUGAUGGUAGCAUUUGCGCUCACAUCUUUUUGACUCGGGAAAAGGGAAGAUAUAUAGUGAUAGUAAAGAUGCCCCCCUUUUGUGUGUGUGUGUGUGACAGAAACAUCUGUUCAAGAUCAUGUUUAUCUCGUUUCCAUUGUAAUACAACAUCAUUUCUGGCACAGCUUUCUAUUAAAAAAAAGGCUAGUUAAAGUUAUAUCGUGAAGAAUUUGAUGUUGAAAAA